CAUCUAAAUUAGGCACCCAAUUUGCUCAGUCCUUGCACUAGACCUCCAAUCCAUCAUAUUCUAUCUAACUUUUCAAUACCGGCCUAGAAUGUAGCGUUUUCAAUAUAGGCCGCAAAACUCCCGGGUCAUGUGUUGACGCAACGGCAUUGACGCAGAUUGGUAAACCACGGAAAGAUUCCGCCAGUAUUUCAAGCGUUGCUCAAUCCCUUGAAGCCUUGCGCUAUAUAAGGUCAUCACUAGUAGUGACGAGUUGAGGUCUUUAAAUACUGCUUACCAAGCCAGCAGUUGAAAGAUUAUCGCGCCAUCAGAUGCGGGGUAACGCCAUCUGUCGUGACAGGGCACAAUGCACCUAUUUCAGACCACCACAUCCCCUCGAGGCCUGCUUUAUUGCUUUCAUAUGCUCACACACCAUAAGUGCUGACAGGUCCAUCUACACAAAGCUCAACUUGAACCUAGCCUUACACAAUGCCGUCUCCUAAAGUGGCCAUUGCCGGUGCAAGCGGAAACCUGGGCCCCAGCAUCCUGAAGGAGCUUCUCGAUGCAGGAUUCGAAGUUACCGUCCUCACCCGUCAGAGCAGUGACAAGAGCUUUGACACCCGAGCGAAAGUGAUACCAGUCGACUACGACUCGCUUGAGUCUCUACAAACUGCACUUGAAGGGCAAGACGUCGUGGUGGAUGCCAGGGCUGUUGUCCCCAGCGAGUCCACUAUCCGCUUCAUCGAUGCAGCCAAGGCAGCAGGCGUUACCCGCUUCAUCCCCUCUGAGUUCGGAACAGAUUCCCUGAACCCACUCUCAGAAGCAUUGCCGGUCUUCGCCAACAAAGUUGCUCCCCGCAAAUACCUCCAACAGGUGUCAAAGGACUCACCUCUCAGUUACAGUCUGCUGUUCACGGGACCGUUCCUGGACUUCGGACUUCGGACCGGCUUUUUGGUGAAUCUCGCCGGCCCGGUAGCGGAGCUCUACGAUGGUGGCGACAGGAAGGUCAGCAGCACGACCUUGCAGGGGAUCGGCAAGGCGGUGGUCGGUAUUGUGAAGAAUCUGGAUGCAACCAAAAAUGCGGCGCUAUACGUGAGCGAAGCAGAUGUCACGCAGAAGCAGCUGAUUCAACUUUCCGGCAAGAAGCUGGAAACCAAGGUGGUUUCGACGGAGGAGCUGGAACGAAUCGGUCGGGCAGAACUGGACAAGCCUGAGCCGAAUCGAGGCAUAGUGGCGGUGAACUUGAUCCGCCGAGCCCUCUUUGGAGAGGGCUACGGUAGUUCGUUUGAGGAACAACACAAACUUGCGAAUGAGUUGCUGGGGUUGAAGAAGAUGACGGAGGAGGAGCUGCGGGCGUUGGUAGCCAAGAUCUUGUAGUUUUGCUGCCUUCUCCCAGUACGUAUUUAUAGUAGUACUCCGGACCACAGAAUGUCAUGUCCGAUCAUAACACAAUAGUUCCCAAAUGGGUUAGACAAUCCGGAAGCGGGGAGAGAUCCCAACGACGUCAUCGACCCAUUCUCUCUCUUCCUCACUUUCUCUCCUGCUCCAUCGUGUCUUCCCUACUCUUCUGUCGCUU